CUGGGUCGAGGCUUCAAUGUCACCAAUCACUAUCAGUUCAGCCGUCGAGUGGAUCGCCUCAACAUGCCCAGUUUCAAGGAUAAAGUUAUCAUCGUGACCGGUGCCAGUUCGGGAAUUGGAGCAGGUACUUCGGUGCUCUUGGCCAAACUGGGAGGCCUCCUCACCAUCGUCGGCAGAAAUGUGGAGAAGCUCAAAGAGACCGCAGAGCAGAUAGUGAAGGCUGGAGGAGCGCCAGCACUUCAGGUGGCGGCGGACAUGAACAGUGAGUCGGACGUCCAGGGCAUCGUAUCCGCCACGUUGGCCAAGCACGGUCGCAUCGACGUGCUGGUGAACAACGCCGGAAUCUUGGAGCUGGGCAGCAUCGAGAACACCAGCCUGGAGCAAUUCGACCGCGUUAUGAACACAAACGUGCGGUCGCUCUACCAGCUGACCCACCUGGUCACUCCGGAGCUAAUCAAGACCAAGGGCAACGUUGUGAACGUGUCCAGUGUGAACGGCAUCCGUUCCUUUCCCGGAGUCUUGGCAUACAAUGUUUCCAAAGCUGCGGUGGACCAGUUCACCAGGUGCGUGGCCCUGGAGCUGGCUCCCAAGGGUGUGCGUGUGAACUCCGUAAAUCCCGGCGUGAUCAUCACCGAGCUCCAGCGUCGAGGUGGAUUGGACGAGGAAGCAUACGCCAAGUUCCUCGAACACGCCAAGGUCACCCAUGCCCUGGGUCGGCCCGGCGAAGUCAAGGAGGUAGCUGCGGCCAUUGCAUUCCUGGCCAGCGAUGAGGCCAGUUUCAGCACCGGUAUCAGCCUGCCCGUGGACGGAGGUCGCCAUGCCAUGUGCCCCAGAUAAGAACUGAGUUCUUUAUCCAUAAUGCAUUUAUCUGCCACCAAACUUUUGGUGGCAAGUAUUUUAAAAACUAUUAAAGUCCAAAAUGAAUAUAAUUAAAGUAGCGCGCUUACCUCAUGUAUUUUAAAUACUUUCUUUUCAAGGAUAUGAUUCUAUGUAAAUAUAACAGUUUGCUAGUAAUUAAUAAA